AUGGUUUCGUGGGGGGGGGGGGGGGGGGGGGGGGGGGGGGGGGGGGGGGGGGGGGGGGGGGGGGGGGGGGGGGGGGGGGGGGGGGGGGGGGGGGGGGGGGGGGGGGGGGGGGGGGGGGGGGGGGGGGGGGGGGGGGGGGGGGGGGGGGGGGGGGGGGAUGGGGGGGGGGGGGGGGGGGGGGGGGGGGGGGGGGGGGGGGGGGGGGGGGGGGGGGGGGGGGGGGGGGGGGGGGGGGGGGGGGGGGGGGGGGGGGGGGGGGGGGGGGGGGGGGGGGGGGGGGGGGGGGGGGGGGGGGGGGGGGGGGGGGGGGGGGGGGGGGGGGGGGGGGGGGGGGGGGGGGGGGGGGGGGGGGGGGGGGGGGGGGGGGGGGGGGGGGGGGGGGGGGGGGGGGGGGGGGGGGGGGGGGAGGGGGGGGGGGGGGGGGGGGGGGGGGGGGGGGGGGGGGGGGGGGGGGGGGGGGGGGGGGGGGGGGGGGGGGGGGGGGGGGGGGGGGGGGGGAACUGA